ACAGCUAACGGUACUCCUCCGUGGCCGUUGGUAACUUAACGAGCUAACUUAGCUCGCUUAGCUAACACUAGCUCGACUAUUUUUGGAUAAAAGCUUGCUAGUAGCGAGCUAGUGUGCUAGCAAGAGAAGCUAACAGCUACAUAAACUGUUUUGACAUUUAACGUUCACCUGCAUAAGCUAGUUAAGUCUCUUAACGGCCGGCUAGCUAAACUUAAAGUAGCAUUGCUAUCUCUAAUUCUGAGCUAGAAGUCAGAAAGCUAGAUUUCUUAUUAAAUGUAUAUAAUUAAUAUAACCGUUAACUCUCAAUUUAAGUGUGCUAGUCUGUAAACUUCGCCUAAUUGUCGCCGUUUUCUUGGUAAAUUUCGUUACAGUGAAAGCCACACAGGAGAAUGAAGUGCAAUGUCCAAAGUAGCCCUCCACUGCAGGAUAUUAUGGUGCUCAUUUCGGCUCAUUCACCAGCGUUAGCUGCCUCUUAAAGAUAAUAACUGGCAAUAAACUGGGCCAAGUAUCCUGCAGCAGGUCCUGGAAAUUGUAAGGGCUUUGGUGGACAAAACGAGAGGAGACAGGCCAGCUGGAAGUCUGCUUGUGCCUUGAAUUUCCUGUCCCAGGCAGCAGCCAUGGAGGAGGAGGUGAGCAUGGAGUAUUUGCUGGAGCAGGUGAUGCAGAAGGACCUGGGGAAGAGGCUCCAGGUGGGCCAGGAGGUUAUAGACCUCAUCCUGGGAGAGGAGAGGUCCCCCCAGCUGGAGCAGGACCAGACCAUGCUGGACAGGAUGGUGGAAGCAGUGGCCAGCUCCUGGGUCAACGCCAGCAACUUCAAGGUGGUUUUGCUGGGGAUGGACAUUCUGUCAGCUCUGGUCAGCAGACUGCAGGAGAAAUUCAGGACUCAGGUUGGAACAGUUUUGCCGAGCCUGAUAGAUCGGCUAGGAGACGCCAAGGACCAAGUUCGAGACCAGGACCAAGCACUUCUACUGAAGAUUAUGGACCAGGCUGCAAACCCACAGUAUGUGUGGGAGCGAAUGAUGGGAGGCUUCAAGCAUAAGAACAACAGGACCAGAGAAGGACUCUGCCUUUGUCUCAUCUCAACCCUAAAUGUGUUUGGAUCUCAGAGUCUGACGCUCAGUAAAAUCGUUCCUCACAUCUGUAACCUCCUCGGAGAUCCCACAAGUCAGGUGCGUGAUGGAGCCAUGAACUGCCUUGUGGAGAUCUACCGCCACGUCGGAGAACGAGUGAGAAUGGACCUGGGAAAGAAGGGUCUACCUCAGUCACGGUUGAACGUCAUCUUCAGUAAAUUUGACGAAGUUCAAAGGUCAGGGAACAUGGUCCUGUCACCUGUGUCAGACAAAAACUUUGAGGACGAUGACUCGGUGGACGGCGGCCGCUCCUCGUCCUCGUCCAAAGGAGCCUCGCUGUCCGGGAGGAAGCCGGUGAGCAUGGGUUCAUUUCGGCGCCCUGCCUCCGCCUCCAGCACCAAGUCUGCAGGGAGGGACGGGUCGAGUGCUGGAGCUGUGGAUGAGGAGGACUUCAUCCAAGCCUUUGAGGAUGUUCCCACAGUGCAGAUCUUCUCUAAUAGGGAGGUGGAGGAGGCCAUGACGAAGAUUCGAGACGUGCUGUCAGACGAUAAGAGGGACUGGGAGCUCAGAGUGGCAGCUCUGAAGAAGGUGCGCUCGCUGCUCCUGGCCGGCGCAGCAGAGUUCGAUGGGUUUCCGCAGCAGCUGCGGCUCAUGGAGGCGGCGUUCAAACUGUCUGCCAAGGACCUCCGCUCUCAGGUGGUGAGGGAGGCCUGCAUCACGCUGGGCCACCUGUCGCUAGUGCUCGGCAGCCGGUUCGACCACGCGGCAGAGGCCAUCAUGCCGAUUCUCCUCAACCUGGUCCCCAACACUGCCAAAGUCAUGGCCACCUCCGGCAUGGCCGCCAUCCGCCUCAUCCUCAGACACACACAUUACCCACGUCUCAUCCCCAUCAUCACCAGCAACUGUACCUCCAAAUCUGUGGCUGUCAGAAGGCGCUGCUACGAGUUCCUGGACCUGCUGCUGCAGGAAUGGCAGACGAGCUCUCUGGAGAGACAUGGAGCAGUUUUAACUGAGACUAUAAAGAAAGGGAUCCAUGAUGCAGACGCCGAGGCUCGCUCUGUGGCCAGAAAGUGUUACUGGUGUUUUCACGGGCACUUCCGUCGGGAGGCGGAGCAGCUGUUCCAGGGCCUGGAGUCGUCCUAUCAGAAAGCUCUGCAGGCUCACCUGAGGAGCGGAGACAGUCAGAUGUCGCUGCCCGCUUCGGAUCGCUCGUCCUCGUCCUCCCAGGAGAGCCUCAAUCGACCACAGUCUGUAAAACACACCUUUGGAAGCAGCACAACAAGAUCCAAAGCUGCCCACCCCAGGACGCCUGCUGCAGCCUCCUCUCCAGGCUCCCUCCAGCGCUCUCGCAGCGACGUGGACGUCAACGCGGCGGCCACCGCCACCGCCCGUACCAGGAUGCCCGCCGUGCCCUCUGCCGUGCCGUCAUCGGCUUCGCCCUUCAGCUCAGCCUCGGCACUUCCCCCUGGAUCCUACGCUUCACUGGGCCGAGUACGAACCAGCAGAACGAGUUCAGGAAACGGUCCGUCUGUGACAGACAGCCGGGGAAGGAGUCGAGGGAAAGUCGUCUCACAGUCUCAACCCAGUAGUAGGUCAGGCUCUCCCGGCCGACUGCUGAGCUCCACCUAUGGCAGGAUCCCGAGGCCGACGAUGGGCACUGCCGCCGCCGCCGCCAACAGCACCUCCAGCAACCUGACCGACAAGAGCCGGCCCCGAGCUCACCGCAGCCACGGCUGCAGCCGAGAGACCAGCCCCAACAGAUCGGGCACGGCCCGGAGCCGAAUCCCCCGGCCGAGCAUGAGUCAGGGCUGCAGCCGCGAAACCAGUCGCGAGAGCAGCCGCGACACCAGCCCCGCCAGGGGUUUCUCCCCCCUGGCGACUCGUCGUCACUCCCGUUCAACCAGUGCCCUGUCCUCUGCAGAGUGCUACUCAGACCGGCUGUCCCAUCAGGCUCGGAUCUCGGCCUCCGUCAACGCCAUGAGAAUCCUCAACACCGGCACCGACGUCGAGGCUGCCGUUGCGGAUGCUCUGCUCUUGGGAGACUCGAGGAGUAAGCGGAGGCCGGUGAGGCGGCGUUUCGAGUCACCAGGAAUAUACUCGGAUGACGACGCCAACAGUGACGCCUCCAGCGCCUGCUCCGAUCUCUCGUACAGCUCGCGCAACGGCGGCAUGGCUCCACACUACCUGCGCCAGACAGAAGACGUGGCCGAGGUGCUGAACCACUGCGCCAGCGCCAACUGGUCUGAGAGAAAGGAGGGGCUGCUGGGACUGCAGAACCUGCUCAAGAGCCAGAGGAUGCUCAGUCGUGUGGAGCUGAAGAGGCUUUGUGAGAUCUUCACCAGGAUGUUUGCAGACCCUCACAGCAAGAGAGUCUUCAGCAUGUUCCUGGAGACUCUGGUGGACUUCAUCACGCUGCACAGGGAGGACCUGCAGGACUGGCUGUUUGUUCUGCUCACUCAGCUGCUGAAGAAGAUGGGUGCCGACCUGCUGGGCUCCGUCCAGGCCAAAGUCCAGAAGGCCCUGGACGUCACCAGAGAGUCCUUCCCGUAUGAGCAGCAGUUCAACAUCCUGAUGCGUUUCAUCGUGGAUCAGACGCAGACGCCCAACCUGAAGGUGAAGGUGGCCAUCCUGCGCUACAUAGAGGCACUCGCCCGCCAGAUGGACCCGGCCGACUUCGUCAACUCCAGCGAGACGCGCCUUGCAGUCUCGCGCAUCAUCACCUGGACCACCGAGCCUAAGAGCUCCGACGUGCGCAAGACCCUUCAUAACUGGGCAGGGGAGGAUUUCUCAGGCCGACCCAGCACCGUGGCCUCUCUGCCUGGAGAGGGCAACCUGGAGGAGAGGUGCAAGCAGGCGGCCCAGGUGGUGCUAAUCGCCCUGUUUGAGCUGAACACACCGGAGUUCACCAUGCUGCUGGGCGCUCUGCCCAAAACCUUCCAGGACGGGACCACCAAGCUGCUGCACAACCACCUGAGGAACGCCAGCGCCAACAGCGGCAUCGGCAUGGCGUCUCCCAGUAACACUUCGGGUCGGACGCCUCCACGCCAGCCGGGCAGCCGCAGCAGCCCGCUUACCUCACCCACCAACUGCUCCCAUGGGGGGCUUUCUCCCAGUCGGCUGUGGGGUUGGAGCGCAGACGGGCUCUCCAAGUUCCCUCCUCCACCCUUCCCCUCCCCUCUUCCUCCACCCACUGCCCACUCUUCCCUGAAGGCAAUGCAGCGAGCUUACUCACCCAGCAUGCUGGAGUACGACAGUGAGAACCUGAACUCGGAGGAGAUCUACAGCUCUCUGCGCGGCGUCACCGAGGCCAUCCAGAACUUCAGCUUCCGCAGCCAAGAAGACCUGAUGGAGCCGCUGAGACGAGACGGCAAGAGGGACGGCAUGUCCGGAGUCGGGGCGUCCUCAGACGGUGACAUGGUGGGGGGAGGACGCACGGCCUUGGACAACAAGACGUCGCUGCUGAACACGCCUUCGCCGCGUUCCUUCGCCGGCCCACGCUUCAGAGACUACAACCCGUACAACUACACCGACAGCAUCAGCACACUGGACAAAGCUGCCCUGAAGGAGGCGCUGUAUGAGGACGCUGUGGAGCGAGACGGCUGCCGACAAGAAUGUGGCGAAAACAAGAUCAUGAACCCCAAAAGCUUCCCAGCAGGCCCCGCUGAGCAGCUGGAGCUGGUCGGGGAACUGCUGAAGCAGUUCUCCCAGGGCCAGGCAGGGGAGCGGGGCCCCGAGGAGCGACGGGGGACCCUGCUGGAGCUGCUGAAAGUGGCCCGAGAGGACAGCGUGGUGGUGUGGGAGGAACACUUCAAGACCAUUCUGCUGCUGCUGCUCGAGACGCUGGGAGACAAAGACCACACGAUCCGGGCGCUGGCCCUGCGAGUCCUGAAGGAGAUCCUGAGGAACCAGCCGGCCCGCUUCAAGAACUACGCCGAGCUUACCAUCAUGAAGACGCUGGAGGCUCAUAAAGACACGCACAAGGAGGUGGUGCGUGCGGCGGAGGAGGCGGCCUCCACGCUGGCGGGCUCCAUCCACCCAGAGCAGUGCAUCAAGGUCCUCUGUCCCAUCGUGCAGACGGCAGACUACCCCAUCAACCUGGCCGCCAUCAAGAUGCAGACGAGGGCCACCGAACGCAUCACCAAGGAGCCGCUCCAUCAGCUGCUGUCUGACAUCAUACCUGGACUCCUGCAGGGCUACGACAACACAGAGAGCAGUGUGAGGAAGGCCAGCGUCUUCUGCCUGGUGGCCAUCUACUCCGUGAUCGGAGAGGAGCUGAAGCCUUACCUGGCUCAGCUGACCGGCAGCAAGAUGAAGCUGCUCAACCUGUACAUCAAGAGGGCCCAGACCUCCACCAGCAACAGCAGCAGCUCAUCCGACAUCUCCUCCUACUAACUCCCACAGCACACGCUUAGCUUUCAUCAUCUCCGUAACACAGAAACCGUUUCAUUCCAUCCGCCGAUGCCAGAUCUGAAGUAAAAAGUCAAUGCGAACAGGAUCAUGAUUAUCUAGAAACCUCAUCUUCUGAACCAACUUCUGUUGUCAAAAUUAUUCCCAUUUCAUUCCUUCAGCUGCUGAUAAAGCUGAAGUCGUCUUGAGGAGCUCAUGCUGUCAUGGCUCCAGUUUCUGGACCAUCUUCUCAUCAUCUUGAAAGCUUAGCUAAUUAUUGUGAGGUAAAGUGAUCCUGGCCGCUAAGACGUUUCAUAAAGAACCAGCAUCUUCUUCCUCCUCUUUCACACUACCGCUAGAGUCAUGAGCCUUAAAACGUUAUCUUCCAUCGACCUCCGAUGAAACCAAGGUGAUCGUAGAAACCACUUUUUAGAGGCUGUGUGCCUGAAACAAAGAUCUCUUCUUCCUACUCGCUCCUCAUUUCAGCAUCAAGACCAUCUUAUUUCGUGGGCUGGAUCUGAGGUGCUCUUUGGAGCUGAGGUGAAAAAUAUGUCUGAACGUUAUCCCUAGCAUUGAGACCGUCUUCUUAAACUUGUAAAAGACCCGAGGUGAGUAUGAAAUCGUGGAAGAAGAGGAGAGUUUUUGCGGUGUAACUUCCUUCCUCUCAGUGCAGGAGGAAACCUGUGGCUAUCAGUAUUUGUAUUCAUUUUUAGUACCUUUUAAUCCACUUCUUUGAACAUUUUUUUUGCUUUGACACAUCAAACUUUAUUGUAUAUUGAAUGUAAAGAGCUUUGACAGGAUGUGGAUCUCACCUGUGUUUCUCCUUCCUAACUACUGCCUCAUUGUACCUGGUGGAUCAAUCUUAAAGGCGUUGGAAUAUUUUCCAAUUUGAACAUGUGCAUUUGAUGAAUUUUGAGCCGUAUGGAGUAAGAAAGUGGCACUAUAGUUUUUAAAAGGCUGAAUUCAAGGGUCCAUCUGAAGAUUAAUAUGUCCAAAAUAAUGAGCUUUGAUUUUGAAAUUGGGCUGACACCUUAAUGAGAACAACAACAGAAGAACGUUGUUUGUUUUCUGUUGUUUUACUCAUUAAUAAAACAGAAAUACACGUUAGCUUUCAAAAAAUGUGAAAUCCAAGUUCAUCUUAGUUUACAUUGAAUGAUCAUUUGGCUGGCCAAUGAUUUUAAGCACUACAAUGAUUAAAGAAAGUUUUAUUAUUUUGGGCCCAACUACCAGCAGAAGAUAUCAGUGUUGUUAUUUAAAGUGUGCAAAAUCAUUUUUCCGGUGUGAAGAAAAGAAGGACUUAAUUUGUUCUGUGUAACACUUAUCAGUUGAAUUCCCGCUUAAAAACCUACAAUAGAUAAUACACUUUAUAACGUUUUUAUUUUAUAAAUGUCAAACAAAGAUUUCAGCUUUUUCUUUCCCUACCUGGAUUGAAAAACAUCAAAUUGAAACUACUAGAUGUUUUUGGACAGGGUUUUCCUAAUAUAUAAACUAUUAAAAUUAUGCCUCUGAUCUCAUACAUGUUGCUUUUGCCAAGCGCUGAAUGAGUCAUUUUUGUAUUGAAAUUAUGAUUUGAAAGACAAUGAUUUUUGAAAUCGCAAGAGCUGCAAAUGUAAUUAUAACUUGCCUAAUUAACAGUGUCUUAACAAGCUGUAGGAGGUGAGUUUUAGUCUGCGACUGUUGACCGGCAGCUUUACUCAGCUGCAGCAAAGUAACAUUAAACACACAUAUAACACCUGUCCACAACAGGCCACCUACUGUAUGUAAUUGUUAUUAAUAGAUACAACACCACUUUUAAAAGUCAUGAUUAUAUCUGAAUAUUAUUGAGUAAUGUUAAGUUCACCACUAAUGUACUAUCUUAAUAAAAGUGGGCCAAACUGGUCUAUUUUUCUAUAGAAAACGAGCAGAGAUGAAUUUUCUGAGACUGGUUUGAACUUUGGGAUGAUUUCAAUAACAAACAUCUGAUUUUAAAAUCAUGUAGGCCACAAAUACAUGUUACAGGAGUUUUACUUACAGAAAAUUAUUACAAUUUAAAUCGCAAUAUUCGUCAGAAAAAUUGCAAUUACUGUCCUCAAAUUGUUCAGCCUUACGUUUGCCUUCUCUUUCAUCCUGAGAUUAAAUCUGAGCCCCGUCCCAAAGAAGCCUGCUUUUAUCCAUAUUGUGAUAUCAUUUCAUUGCAUAAAAAUUUGAAAUACUUAAAGUAUUGAAGUAGUCUACACAAGCUAUGAGAGAUAUUCUCAUUGCCAUGCAACGAUUUAGCAGGAGGAUAGCUGCUGUCGUACAAUGGGACCAAACACAUUCACACAGUCUUCUGAUCAAAAAUGAAGACGGCUGUUAAAACUAUUAAAAAUCUGCUCUUUUUAAAGAUGUUUUUAUGGAAAGACGUCUGCCAGGCGUUUGUAGUUAUUAAAUAAGUUAUAUUUGUAAAUGUAGUAAAAAGAAAUACAGGAGUUGGCAGUGGGACAAAAACGUUGUGAUGCUUGAAAGCAGGCGCGAAGAUUUAAUAGUUUUUUAAUUAAACUGUCCAAAGUUAGAACAUUUUAAAGGCGUCCUAAAUCUUUAAUUCACAUUUAUUUGAUAAAAAUUGAUUACAUGUUUAAAAGAUUAAAUUAACUUUUCCAAUUUUUCUAUUAUGGAUUUUUUUUUAUUUUAAUGGAAAAUUAAAUUGAUAAGUGUUACAUGGACCUAAUUUACCAUCUAUAUAUAUAUUUAAAAUCCUACAGUGGAUUUUUAAUCAAUUUCAAGGACUGAAAGUACACAAAAGCCACUCAGAAAUAACAAUAGGAUUUUAGAAAAAUAAAAGAAAACCAUCAACAGACUUAGAAGGAUGUUCUGUUUAAACUGGGAGUUUAUUGGUUUUGAUGUCUGCUGUCUUACAGGCUUGGAAAUACACAAGCUGCCAAGUCAAGACUACUGUGAUUUGUUGAGUUUCAUUCCAAAAUACUGUAAUAUAUAUAUGUUAUAUUACACUUAAAAAGUAAUCUAAAGGUCAAGAUCGAGGUCUAAAUGUCUCAAAAAUAGUAUCAGUAUUUUAAUUUAUGACAGUUUUUUGUUGGCAGUGAACUAAUAAUCAGUGUGUGGGGUUUCUGAUGCUGACAAACUGUUUACAAUGUAUUCUUGUUUUAAAGAGAUGGUUUAACAGUUGAACUGUUUUGGGAAGAAACUCCUCUCUAUCAGUUGUUCCUAAAUUGAAUGUAAGUCACCUUGAGACUUCAUCCUUUAAAAUGUGAAAUAUUUUAGCAAAUGACGAAUGGGCAAUACCUAAAUCUGACAGAAAGGUUGACAAUCUGAAUGAUUAGAUGCUACUAAAAGCAAGUGACAAUGCUAAUUGAUGAACUGUAAAGUGCUAGCGUUACGGGAAGUCCUGUUGAAAAUGAAAAGAGAUGGUUUGGUCUUUGGACAUUAGCAAUAAACUCUAAGAAAUCCAGCUUGGAUUUUCACGUCGAAGCACUGUAAAUUUCCAUUGUGUUCCUCCUUUGAGACGCUCUCGCUGGUCAAUGUACAGAAGUGUCUUUUUUUUUUUUUUUUUUUUUAAGUGCACCUAUAAUAAAAUGUUACUGCUGCUUAUUAUAAUACUAACAAACGCGCCUAAUAACUCCAGCGUAUGUACUGUAUCUCAACAGAAAGUUUUAGGUACAGUUAAGAUGAUUGAGAGCAAAACUUACUGACUGAACACUGAUACUGUUAAAUCCUCUGAACUUUCCUGGUGCUAAACUCCGCCUGUCUGGCGCACAAGGGAAGUUCAAACAAACGCUACAGAGCAGGUUUAAGCCAUAUUAAAGGAAUAGUUCGACAUUUUGGGAAAUCACUACUUUGCUUUCUUACCGAGAGUUAGAUGAGAAGAUUGAUGCCACUCUCGUGCCUGUACACUAAAUGUGAAGCUGCAGCCAGGUAGCUUAGCUUAGCUUAGCAUAAAGACUGGAAACAGCUUGCCCAGUUCUUUCCAAAACUCCCUGCGCCCAGCCAAGAACUAGUCCAGCACGCAAGGCUGGAUUACCAACUGGGCAAAGCGGGCAACUACCCAGGGGCCUAAGACAAUAAGAUAAUUUGAUUAAUCACAAAAUUGUUAGAAAUUUGCACACCUAAAGUGCAUCAUGACGCAUGACAGGCCCUCCAUCCUCUAUAUUGUGGCCCCGGUCUUGUAGAGGGAUGCUGUGUCAAAAUCUAGUUUUACGACCUUAAUUAUUUUAGUUUAUAUUAUACUUAUUUGUUGUAAAACCGUUAAAAACUGUCAAAUUACUUCCAAACCAAGGGAAAGUAGUAUUACGCCAUCAUAGGAGCACUGUAAGGCUGCAACCAACAAUUAUUUUCAUUAUCAGUGGGUCUGACAGUUAUUUCCUUUAAUAAUCAUUUGACUGUUUAGAGUAUAAAAUGUCAGUAAGAAGUGAAAGAGGCUCAUCAUUAUUCCUUGAAGCCCAAGUUAACAUAUUCAGAUGUCUGAAUUGUCCGACCAGCAGUCAAAAACCCAAAGAGGUUGAGUUUACUGUCAGAGAAAACUAUAAAAACUAGCAAAUAAUCACAUUUAAGAAGCUGGUGCUGGGAAUUGUUGCUUAAACAAUGACAAACAAUUAGUUAUCAAAAUUGGUGCCAAUUCAUUUUCUGAUUAAUCAACUUAUCAUUUGGGGUACUGGUUGGUUUCUGGGUGCCUGGGAAAAUAAUGAAACUGCCAAUAGGGCCACCAAUAUCAAGUAUUACACCCCCCCCCCCAAAAGACCCAGUCUUUAUGCUAAGCUAAUCUAAGCUAGUGGCCAUACCUUCAUAUUUACCGUACAGACAUAAGAGAGGCAUCAAUCUGAACAUCUGACUCAGCAGAAACGUGAAUAAGAGUAUUUCCCCAAAUGUCGAAAAUGCCUUUAAUGCGACACGUGAACCCAGAAAGUGAAGGAUGGUUUUACUGAAUAUUUCCAGGCCUUAUUAUGUUUCUUCGAACUCGUACUCGGACUGUUAAAUGUACUGUACCAGUGCCCAUUGUCACUUAUCUCAGUUGUGAGAAUUUGGCAAUUUGAUCAGCUUUUAACUCUGGAUUGAAUGUUACCUCCAGAACCAAUGAAGUCCUCUACAGCUCGUCGUCCAGUGAUCCAGUGUCAGCCGCCUGCUGCCGUUUAGGCGACUGAAAUUGAUUUCCCUUUACUUUUUAUGUACAGUGUGAUUUAAAACUACAACUUCUAAACUACGUCUGCAUGCGUACUUCAGAGGAAUCAUAGGAUAUUUCCAGCUGCGUUGCUGUCAAAUGUAGUUAGACACAAGCAAUCGAGCAAAAACUCCAAAUUGAAGAUUUAAAAUCGUACUUUUGAUUUCCUGAAUAUGUGCCUUUGGGUAACGAUUUCUGGCGAUAUACCUGGUUGUCCUGUACAAUACUAACCUGUACUAACACUAAAAUACACUGCUUCUUAAGGUGAACUUCAUAAACUAAUGUGAGAACAAAACGUUUUGAUGAAGAGAUGCAGUGCUGUAAAUAAGCUUCAAGCCAGUGGGGAAAUGGCAAUAUUUUCCAUGGAAACCACUUACAAUGCAUGGCUCCCGUUUUUUUUUUUUUUGUUUUGUUUUGUUUUUUUUUAGUUGAUUUAGUUUUAUUUCAUGCUAUACAAUAUUUAUGUUUUAUUUUCCUGUGUAUGAUUGUAUAUAUUUACAUGUUUGGUUCUCUUUCACCUGUGAUAGACUUUGCAGAACUUGAAAUAAACUAUCAGACUUCUA